AGACUGAUUUUAUGCUAAUUGCCAUGAAUCUUUUUUAUAAAAUACUGUUGACAGGACGCAAUCCAGCUCAUCGUCGUCGCUCAUCUCCGUUCAGCGUCGCGUUUGGCGUCUUUGCUGCCUGCUACCGUAAUGAUGGAUGCCCCUGGGCUUGGUUACACGCUCACGGGAUGUAAGUAUGACCUGCCUGACACGGUUUACCACAUAGUGCCAUUCGACUCUCUGAACUGCGCUUCUGACUGUUGGUUUGCAGACAGAAAAGAGUGGAAGUAUGGCCACGACAAGGUGUUCACCUGGGGCUCGGAACAGCUGGCACCAGCGCACGAUAAAUGGAUUUUUGUCUUCGAUGCAGGAGAUGGACGGUAGAACGACGAGAUCAUC